CGCACCUGCAGGCCUGCGGACAGCCUGGGUCGAUGCCGUGUGCGGAACAACAUUAUUCACCCACCCACCCGAAAUAACAACUCUAUCCAAAUGACGACUUUAGCCCAAAUGGACGUGAGGAAUGUGACUCUAGAGAUGAUGCGGACGUGCACCAGACUUUUCUCUCGAAAGACCCGCCGGGAUGAACGGGUAUCGGAAUCCCAUCCGUCCAGCACUGAGACGGUCGAUCAGAUCGAUACCAUUCCCCCGGGGCCCGCUCCAACUCCCGGCCCGGCGGCAGUGGGAGCCGCCCCCGCAGCGGGGCACGGGGGCGGCUGGACGCUGUCUGUCAUCCUGUGCGUCAACAUCCUCAUCCUGGGCGCUGCUCUGAUCAGCUGCAGCGCCGUCAACGGCGCCGCCGUCACCCCCGUGCACCGGCAGAUCUUCCUCAUCGUCCUCCUCAGCCUGACCAUACUCUGGAUGCUGUUCUACACGAUCUUCACCAGGAGAGCUGUUUCGUCCAAGGACAGCCACGCAGGGCCUCUGUGGCUGAGAGUGGGUCUGGUGCUCUUCGGUCUGCUCAGCCUCAUCAUGGACAUGUUCAUGAUCGCCAACUACUCCGGCCGCCUGCACUGCGACUCUCCGGUGAAGGUGGCUUUCCCCUGCAUACAGGCUGUCUUCAUAUUCUUCCAGACGUACUUCUUGUGGAUCCACGCCAAAGACUGUGUGCAGCUGCACAAGGACCUCACUCGCUGCGGCCUCACGGUGACCCUCUCCUGCAACCUGGUUCUGUGGAUGUCGGCGGUGGUGGAGGAGUACAACCACCACACGGACGCCCCCGAGAACCUGACGGUGCGCAGCAUCCAACGAGCCAGCUUCGGCGACCACAAGUGCAAGUGCAGCUUCACCUCGUGCGGCGUCUUCAAGGAGGCGUACUACUACCUGUACCCCUUCAACAUCGAGUACAGCCUCUUCGCCUCCGCCAUGGCCUACGUCAUGUGGAAGAACGUGGGCCGGCUGGCCGAGGAGCACGCCCACCAGCGGCCCAAGUUCCGGGUGAAGGACGUGAGCGUGGGGCCCGUGGCGGGGAUCCUGCUGGUGCUGACCGGCCUGGCCACCUUCAUCGUGUACGAGAUGCAGGUGGUAGAGGAGGAGCAGAAGAACACGGCGCUGCUGAUCCACUUCAUCACCAACAUCGUCAUCGUGAGCCUGAUGUCCGUCUGCACGGCGGCGGGCUGCCUGCUCUUCUGCCUGGACCAGAGGCCCCACGUGAGGGAGGACAACCCCACCCGCGGGCUGGACGUGGGGCUGCUGGUGGGGGCCUCCAUGGGCCAGCUGGUCAUCAGCUACUUCAGCGUGGUGGCGCUGGCGGCCGAGGGCGCCGAGGGCCACGUCAACAGCCUGAACCUGGCCUGGGCCGUGCUGACGGUGGUGCAGCUGGGCAUGCAGAACCUCUUCGUCAUCGCGGGGCUCCACCGGGAGCCCUACCAGGAGAGCCGCGCCCCGGGAACGGGGGCCAACGGGACGGCCCUGAGCCCCGUCAGGAAGCGCCGGAAACGGAGCUUCUCCCUGGCAGCCUGCCGACACGGCAUCAACUGGAAGCGGCGCCUGCUGAAGGAGAUCUGUGUCUUUGUACUGCUGGCCAACAUCAUCCUCUGGAUCAUGCCUGCGUUCGGGGCGCGGCCCCAGUUCGACCAGACCGUCGAGAUCCAUUUCUACGGCUUCACCAUGUGGGCAGCCAUUGUGAACAUCGGACUGCCCUUUGGGAUCUUCUACCGCAUGCACUCGGUGGCCAGCCUGUUCGAGGUGUACCUCAUCGUUUGACUCAGGUGCGACUGUAAACGUUUUAACGGCUUGUAUGUCUUCUUUUUAAUGUCCCUUCUAUUGUAAAUAAGUUUGUGUAAAAUAAAUGAUCGGAGUUAAGUGUU